AUGAACGGUGCUCCCGCCCAGAAAUUCAAGGUCGCCGACAUCUCGUUGGCUGCCUUUGGCCGCCGCGAGAUCGAACUCGCCGAGGUCGAAAUGCCAGGUUUGAUGGCCAUUCGAAAGAAGUAUGCUGCCGACCAGCCUCUUGCCGGUGCCAGAAUUGCCGGCUGCCUGCACAUGACCAUCCAAACCGCCGUCCUCAUUGAGACCCUCAAGGCCUUGGGCGCCGAAGUUACCUGGUCCAGCUGCAACAUCUUCUCCACCCAGGACCACGCCGCCGCUGCCAUCGCCGCUGGUGGCACUCCGGUCUUCGCCUGGAAGGGCGAGACCGAGGAAGAAUACCAAUGGUGUUUGGAGCAACAAUUGGUAUCUUUCCCAUCUGGCAAGAGCCUCAACCUCAUCCUGGACGAUGGUGGUGACCUGACGGCUUUGGUCCACAACAAAUACCCCGAGAUGCUCAAGGACUGCUACGGUGUGUCCGAGGAAACCACCACUGGUGUUCACCACCUUUACCGCAUGCUCAAGGGCAAGCAGCUUCUCAUUCCAGCUGUCAAUGUCAACGACAGCGUUACAAAGUCAAAGUUCGACAACCUGUACGGCUGCCGAGAAUCCUUGGUGGAUGGUAUCAAGCGUGCUACCGACGUCAUGAUUGCUGGCAAGAUUGCCGUCGUCGCUGGCUACGGUGAUGUUGGCAAGGGCUGUGCUCAGGCUCUUCACAGCAUGGGUGCUCGUGUGCUGGUCACCGAGAUUGACCCAAUCAACGCCCUCCAGGCUGCCGUCUCUGGAUACGAAGUUGUUACCAUGGAGGAGGCUGCGCCUCUCGGUCAGAUCUUUGUCACCACCACUGGCUGCCGAGACAUCAUUGUCGGCCGUCAUUUCGAGGUGAUGCGCAACGACGCCAUCGUCUGCAACAUCGGUCAUUUCGACAUUGAAAUCGACGUGGCGUGGCUGAAGAAGAACGCAGCCAGCGUUCAGAACAUCAAGCCACAGGUCGACCGCUUCACCAUGCCCAGCGGUCGCCACAUCAUUCUUCUUGCUGAGGGCCGUCUAGUCAACCUAGGCUGUGCCACUGGCCACUCGUCUUUUGUCAUGUCCUGCUCUUUCUCCAACCAAGUCCUGGCUCAGAUUAUGUUGUACAAGGCUGAAGAUGAGGCUUUUGGCAAGAAAUACAUUGAGUUUGGAAAGAGCGGCAAGAAAGAGAUUGGCGUUUAUGUUCUGCCCAAGAUCCUGGAUGAACAGGUUGCCCUUCUGCACUUGGACCAUGUCAACGGUCACUUGACCAAGUUGACUCCUGUCCAAGCCGAGUAUCUUGGAUUGGAUGUUGAAGGUCCAUUCAAGUCCGAUAUCUACCGCUACUAG